AUGAAGUUCUUCGCUGUUUCUGCGGUCUUUGUGUCCGCCAUUUCGGGCGCGCUCAGUGCGUCGCUUUACUUGGUUGGCGAUUCGACCAUGGCUUCCCACAAAGCCUCGGAAGGUAUCGAAGGCUGGGGUGUUCCUUUAAACAACUAUUUGACUGGUAUCACGCUUGUAAACAAGGCCGUUAGCGGGCGUAGCGCGAGGUCCUAUUGGAGGGAAGGAAAAUGGGCUGCCGUGCAGGCCAGCUUAAAGUCUGGGGACUUUGUAGAACAUUUGCUAAAACGAGACAACUCCCUCCCAUCUCCUCAAUCUAUCCUUCGCCUAUGGUUCAACCCACCGCCUCAUUUUUGUGUUGCGCUCGAUCGACACGAUUCCACCCGCACGCGCAUUCCCACAGUGAUUGAGUUUGGUCACAAUGACGGCGGAUCCCCGUCUACCAGCGACCGCGCAUCAGUAGUGGGAGAGGGAAGCGAGACCCAGAAAGUUACCCUCUCGGAUGGAACUGUCGAGACCGUCUAUACAUGGCCCACCUAUGUUAAAUGGAUGAUAGAUGGGGCUAAGAGCAAAGGAGCCACUCCAAUCAUUUCUAGUACCACUCCCAACAACCCAUUUGAAGGAGUCUCCAAGAUCAACUACACUCCGGGUCGUUUCGUUACUUAUGCAAAGAAUGCUGCAGCCGCCAAAGGUGUCCCUUACGUAGAUCAUUUCACAGCAAGCCUAUUGUACUAUGACAAACUCGGCAAGGGCGUCACCGAAUCAUACUUCCCCAACGACCAUACCCAUACCAACGCUGCUGGUGCGAAUGCGGUUGCUUGGGCAUUCCUCUCAGCUCUCCGAUGCCCUUCUGCCAAGGGUGUAUUGAGCCAGUACAUUAACUCUUCCGGCCAAGGUGCAGGCGCUCGUUGCACUGCUCCGUGA